AUGGCCAUUAUCACUGGCACUUGGCAGCUUCCUCCAGGCCACAGCCACUUUUCUCUGACAACCCAGGUCAGUACACUCGUGGCUGAUGUGGUCCGGCAAUAUGGGAGUGGUCCCUACCUUCCGGGUCUUGUGUGUUUGUGCUCAAGGGAGUUAAUUUGUGUUUGGGGCAUAACUCCUCAGGUCUGGCCCAACUGGCACAGCAUCGGGUACGAUGAUACCCGUUUGUUGACGCACCCCUGGCACAGCAAGGUUCUUGCCUGGGAGGAGUUAGGUGAUCACACCUUUGAUCUCCCGGUCGUGUCCGGUCCUUCAGUAGGUCCAAUUCCUGUGGAUCUUCCACCCUCGCCUGUCAUUGCCGGGCCUUCUACCAACCCUGCCUCCGAGUCCUGGGAGAAGGGAAAAGGUAAGGCAGUUGUCCCAGGACCCAGAACCAGAAGUGGAAGGGAGUCGGAAGAGGAAGUCUCCAAUGAUUCCAGCACUUCCCUCCCAACCCCCAAAGUCCGCUAUGAAGACUCGGAAGCAGGCGAAGACCACUGGCCUUGCCAAAUUCAAGGCAUGUUUGUUGAGUCAGAAGAUGAGGAGGACUCGGUCACUCAGCCAAUUUUGCGUGGGGUUCCGGAGGUCGUCCUCCCCCGGCUCUCCCCAGAUGUUGCAAGGAUGUCCAGAUCACCUUGGUCACCCCGGAGCCCAAAGAAGAAACCCUUUGGGCCUGCUAUGGCAAUUGCCGGCAAACAUCCGGAGGUCAUCGAGCCCCCUCAGGCAACUCCCGAACCUAUGGUAGAGGCACCCCCAGUCAUUGACGCAGGUGAUAUACUCAUUCCUGGACCUAAUAACCCUUGCCAGGCUUGCCACAAGAUGGAAUGGCCCUGCGCAACUCGGUUUGACAAGAGGACCGGCGCCCCGUGCAUGUCCUGCAUCUACUGCACCACCAAGAUUAAGUGCAUCUCUACCACCAGGAGGACCAGAUCCAGGACCCCUUCCAAAGCUCCCUCCAAAGCUCCGGCCGCCUCACAAACCACUGGCCAGAUGCGGAGUCAAUCUCGGGUCUCUUCCAUCACUCCCGGUCCAUCUCAUGCCCAAACACCAAAGGCACAAACACGCGGUUGCAGCAAGACUGUCACUGCUGCCAAGGAACCUACACCUGCACCAGCUCUCCCAUCUUCGACUUCCGGUGUUCCUUGUUUGGCACUCGAUGUGCCAAUGCCGGAUUUGCAUGCCAUGGCAAUGGCGAUUCGGGAGGGUGCAGCUCGAAUUGCCGCUCUCGAGGAGCGUGUUGUUGAGCAGGAUGCUAAGAUUGACACCCUGCAACACCUUCAUGAAGGCCUUCGAUGUGAAAUCAUCCUCCGGCACCCAACAUUUCCACUUCUGGAUGCCCAAGGUGAUGCAACAUCAUUUUUGCUUCAUCAACCUGUCCCUCCGGCCAU